AUGGAUAUCAAACAGGACCAGAAUGAAACACUGCGGGAGUAUACUGCCAGGUUCAACCUAGCCGCCCUGGAGGUGCCAGAGGCGGAGUCGCAAAUUAAGAAUUGCGCUUAUGUCAGAGGACUAAAGCCGGGUUUAUUCUUCGACGAACUACAAAUCAGACCGGCCAGGGAUUUCGACGACAUUAUGGCAAGAUUGCCAGGCUAUUUACAGUUGGAAGACGCCAGGAUGGCGCGAAAGGUGGAAAAUGAUAAGCACAAAGCCAGAAGAGCUGAGGCUGCGUCAGAGUCAAAUACAAGGCACCAGGAUAGGGCACCGUUCAGAGGGUUGCCUCCAAGGGUACUGCCACCCCAGGGAGAGAUGCCACCCCGACACCAGCGUACGGUGAAUGAAGUCACGCGAUUCACUGAGUACACGCCCCUGAACAAGCCACAUGAGGAGAUUUUCCACUUGAUAAAGAACCAACCAUUCUUUCGGGCACCAGGAACUUACCGGGAUGGGCCGCCACAGGAGGGGCCUAACAAUAAACUGUGUGAGUAUCACAACACCUAUGGACAUUAUACUAGAUUUUGUGGACAUCUUAAGCACCAGUUGGAACCACUGGUGCGCCAGGGAAACCUCGAUCAAUUCAUCGACAAAGAAAACGAGGGCCAGAGGCGGAACCAGGAAAAUGAUCAGAGGGAUCACAGGGAUCAGAGGGAUCACCGAGAUCAGAUGGACCAAAGAAAUAAUCGAGAACAACGACAAGAGCAGGGGAAUAAUCAGGACCGUCGGCCGGAAGAUAACCACGAUAACAGGAGGGGAGCGGUACAGGGACGGGAACCCCCUUUCCCGUACAGAAGGGAGGUCCACAUGAUUUGUGGAGAAAAUGGGACGCCCACGUCCAACAGAGCCAAGAAACAAGUUGUGCGAGCAGUCAAAUCAGGGUACUACCCUAAGCAGGUGAUGGAAGUCACGGGUGCAGCAGAGGAAUCGGUCAUCAGUUUCGGGGCAGAGGAUCUGCGGACGCUCAUGUACCCACAUGACGACGCGCUGGUUAUCAUGGCAGACAUAGCCGGCUGCAUUGUUCACCGUAUCUUUGUAGACUCGGGCAGCGCAGUGAAUAUCUUAUAUCUAGAGUGCCUCCAAAAUAUGGGAGUCGAAGUCCAUAUUGAACCAACAAACGCCCCUUGA